GUGGCCCCGGGAGCUUCCACCUGAGUGGGUGGUGGGGUUCUGGGGCGCUGCUAUGGAGGGGUGUAGCGAGCCACAGCUGGAUGCUAAGGCCAAGGUCACCAACCAGGUGAGUGAGUGGCCAUCCCUCGCGGCCUCCGCCGGCCUCGGCUGGACAAGUGGCGGGCGGCUGCACCUGGUCCUCCGCCCGCCUCUGGCAGCCGCGGGACGAUGCCACCGUGAGCCUUCCCCAGCUCAACCCCAAACCAAGGCCCAUGUCCGUGAGCCCGUGCCUUUCCUCCCGCCACCCUGCAUUGCUCCUUCCACUUGGCUUCUGAGCUAAUAGAUUUUCAGUGGAAGCUGGGUAUGGCUGUGAGCUCAGACAGCUGCAGAUCACUUAAGUAUCCUUACGUUGCAGUGAUGCUCAAAGUGGCAGAUCAUUCAGGCCAAGUAAAGAACAAGUCCUUCGAAAUGACAAUUCCACAGUUUCAGAAUUUCUACAGACAGUUCAAGGAAAUUGCUGCAGUUAUUGAAACUGUGUGAAAACUGAUUACUUUGUUGAUGAAUUGCUACCAUCAUUCUAAAAUCAUGAACUUUACUUUCUGCAACAAAACUGCCUAAGGAUCAAAU